AUGCUCGGCUGGUAUCAGGCAAGACUCGCGGCUCGUCCGCUGCUCACUCAGAGCAUCACCACCGCUGUCCUUUUCGCGACUGGCGACAUCACCGCCCAGCAGCUCGUCGACAAGCGAGGCCUUGAGAAGCAUGACCUUGGCCGCACCGCCCGCAUGUUCCUCUACGGUGGCGCCAUUUUCGGCCCCAUUGCCACCAAUUGGUUCAAGUUCCUUCAGCACAAUAUCGUUCUCAAGAACAAGAACGCUGAGAUCCUUGCUCGUGUUGCUGUCGACCAGGGCGUCUUCGCCCCCGUCAUGAUCGGCGUCUUUCUGUCCUCCAUGGCCACACUUGAGGGCGGCUCGGUCCAGGAGAAGCUUGACAAGAACUACAAGACGGCACUCACCUCCAACUACAUGCUUUGGCCCUUCGUGCAGAUGGUCAACUUUAAGCUCAUUCCUCUUCACCAUCGUCUCCUCUUCGUCAACGUAAUCAGCAUCGGCUGGAACUCUUAUCUUAGCUUCUUAAACAGUCAGUAA